AUGAGUUCAGGGCCUUACAGUGGUUGCACCCAAUUGAUGUGGAUGAAACAAAUGUUGAAGGAAUAUGAUGUCAAACUAGAUGUCAUGACAUUGUUCUGUGACAACCUGAGUGCUAUCAACAUUUCCAAAAAUCCAAUCCAGCAUAGUAGAACAAAACACAUUGAUAUUCGUCAUCAUUUCAUUAGAGAAUUGGUGGAAGAAAAGAUUAUCACUCUUGAACAUGUGGAAACUGAUUUGCAGUUAGCAGAGAUUUUUACAAAAGCAUUGGAUGCGAUUGUGGGUGCCAUUACAUCUUCUUCAAAUCCCUCUGGGCUUCCCCAUAAAUCUGCCAGUGCUACCCAUGCUCCAACUGGGUCAGCCCAACCACGAAGAAGAAGCCUUCGUAUCAAGCAUGUGGCUCCUAAGAGAGGACCCAGUAAGAAUUUGGGGAUACAAAAUAUUUCUGAUGAUGAGGAUGAUCAAAAUCCCAAUCUUCCUGAAGCUGUGAAUCAAGAAGAUAAUGAGGCUCUUGAGAAACUUGCAAAUGUAGCUACUACUGCAAAUGUUGCACCAGAUGUUGAACUGACACAUCAAUCCUCUCCCUCUGGUUCUAGUGUCAAGUCUCCUGCUUCGAGUCAAGAGGAGCACGAUGAGAAUGGUCUGCACAUGAAGUUUCUUCCUCUGAGGAGGUUCCUGUUCAGAAAACCCCUACUUUAUCCCACCAAAAAGGGUAAGGAAAAGAAGGUGAUUGCAUCUGCUGAUGAAGACUCUGAUGGAGAAUUGCUCAUCAAAAAGGCCCAUGUUCCUGUUAGUGGUGUCAAGAAGAAGGUUGCAGACAUAACGAAGCAGAAGAACGAAGGAUCUGCUGCUAAGACUCCAAAGACUUCCAAGAGUCCUCAUAUUCCAAAAUCUGGGAAGGAGACAAAGAAAUAUAAGAAGUCAGAACCUUCUACUGGAAAGAAAAGAAGACAUGUGUCUGAUCCUGACUCUGAGGUCGAUGUCGAGCCAGAUGUCCUAGACAUCUCAACCACUGCCAGAAAAAGAAUGAAAGGAAAUCAUGGAGGUUAUCUCUGCUGCUGGUUUGAUGAAGACUGUCAAGAAUCUGGCAGAUGUUUUGACAAGCUUGUUAGGGAGUUCAUUGUGAACAUCCUUGCUGAUUGUGAUGAUGCUUCCAGUGCUGAGUACAGGAAGGUGUUUGUGGGGGGGAAGUGCAUCAACUUUUCUCCUGAAGUGAUCAAUGCGUUUUUGGGCAGAAGCCCUGUGGCUGUGGCUCAGGGGGAGCCUGAUUUGAAUAGGGUUGUCACAACCCUUACUGGGAAGUUGGUCAGAAAGUGGCCUAAGAAGGGAUUGCUUCCAUCUUGGAGGCUUACUGCCAAAUAUGCUGUUCUCUACAAGAUUGGUACUGCAAAUUGGAUGGCCACCAAUCACUUGUCUGGUGUGACUCCAUCUCUGGCCAGAAUGCUUCAUUUGAUUGGAAUUGCGGGUGAGUUUGAUUUUGGAAAGCUGCUUUUUGAGCAGACUCUCAAGCAUGUUGGAUCAUAUGCUGUGAAGUUGCCUAUUCUGUUUCCUUGUCUUCUCUCAGAGAUCAUUGCACAUCAACAACCUACUAUUGUGAGGGCUGAUGAGUCUCAAGGUAAGAAGCCCCUGCCUCUCAGGUUUGAUUACCGGUUGUUUGCUGGGACACAUGUUCCACACAUUGUGCUCUCUACAGCAAAGGGAACUGCCAGUGCUGAUGAGUCUCAAGGUAAGAAAACGUGA